ACUACAUCUCCCAUCAGGCCAUGCGUACUAUAACAAGCGCCCCCCGCCGCCACCACCCCUCCGCCCCCGGUGGCGCCGGAGCAUUGUGGGAUUGGAUGAGUCUCAAGAUGGACAACCGGGAUGUUGCAGGAAAGGCUAACCGGUGGUUUGGGGUUGCUCCUCCCAAGUCUGGAAAAAUGAACAUGAACAUCCUUCACCAGGAGGAGCUCAUUGCUCAGAAGAAACGGGAAAUUGAAGCCAAAAUGGAGCAGAAAGCCAAGCAGAAUCAGGUGGCCAGCCCUCAGCCCCGGCAUCCUGGCGAAAUUGCAAACGCACACAACUCUAAUGUUUCCAACAAGUUUGCCAACGACGGCAGCUUCUUGCAGCAGUUUCUGAAGUUGCAGAAGGCACAGACCAGCACAGAUGCCCGCCCGAGUGCGCCCGCUGCCCCGCCUCGUGUGCUCCCGCGCACCGGGAAGAGGCCCCCCCUCAUCAGUAGCCCGCCGGGCCAGAUGAAGAACUACGUGCAUGCCAAGCAGCUGCCCGUGGCCAGCCGCCCGAGCGUCUUCCAGUCUCCUGACGAGGACGAGGAGGAGGACUAUGAACAGUGGCUGGAGAUCAAAGUUUCACCCCCAGAGGGAGCCGAGACUCGGAAAGUGAUAGAGAAAUUGGCCCGCUUUGUGGCAGAAGGAGGCCCCGAGUUAGAAAAAGUAGCUAUGGAGAACUACAAGGAUAACCCAGCAUUUUCGUUUUUGCAUGAUAAGAAUAGCAGGGAAUUCCUCUACUACAGAAAGAAGGUGGCUGAGAUAAGAAAGGAAGCACAGAAGUUGCAGGCAGCCUCUCAGAAAGUUUCACCCCCAGAGGAUGAAGAGGUCAAGAACCUCGCAGAAAAGUUGGCCAGGUUCAUAGCGGAUGGGGGUCCUGAGGUGGAAACCAUUGCCCUCCAGAACAACCGCGAGAACCAGGCAUUCAGCUUUCUGUAUGAACCCAACAGCCAAGGGUACAAGUACUACCGCCAGAAGCUGGAGGAGUUCAGGAAAGCCAAGGCUGGUCCCACGGGCACCCCCACGGCACCUGACCUCGGACUGAAGCGCAGAUCUCCUCCUGAGACCCCCUUGGGGUCCAUGCCCACCGCCACUGCCUGCCCUACCUCAUCUGCCCCCUUGCCCAACGUCAACCCAUCUUCAGCUGCCCCAGGGAAGCCAGCCACCACAGCCAACAUGAAGAGGAAGCGAAAGAGCCGGUGGGGUCCUGAAGAGGACAAGGUGGAGCUCCCGCCUGCCGAGCUGGUGCAGAGGGACGUGGAUGCUUCUCCCUCACCUCUGUCAGUUCAGGACCUCAAGGGUCUAGGCUACGAGAAGGGGAAGCCCGUGGGUCUGGUGGGUGUCACAGAGCUUUCGGAUGCCCAGAAGAAGCAGCUGAAGGAGCAGCAGGAGAUGCAACAGAUGUACGACAUGAUCAUGCAGCACAAGCGAGCAAUGCAGGACAUGCAGCUGCUGUGGGAGAAGGCGCUGCAGCAGCACCAGCAUGGCUACGACAGCGACGAGGAGGUGGACAGCGAGCUGGGCACCUGGGAGCACCAGCUGCGGCGCAUGGAGAUGGACAAGACUCGGGAAUGGGCGGAGCAGCUGACGAAGAUGGGCCGGGGCAAACACUUCAUCGGAGACUUCCUGCCACCCGAUGAGCUGGAGAAGUUCAUGGAGACCUUCAAGGCCCUGAAGGAGGGCCGUGAGCCUGACUACUCAGAGUACAAGGAGUUCAAGCUGACGAUAGAGAACAUCGGCUACCAGAUGCUGAUGAAGAUGGGCUGGAAGGAGGGCGAUGGCCUGGGCUCAGAAGGCCAGGGCAUCAAGAACCCAGUCAAUAAAACAACCCCAGACGGCCUUACUACUGAGUAUUCUGGAAAAAUGCACAAAUGUACUUUCCAAAAGACCGACCAUUCCUGGACUGUGGAAUGUUCCGGCCUGCUUUUCUGCCCGCCCUUCCCAUUGUUGCGAGUGUCGUGCUGUGUAUUAAAAUCCCGGUGCUUGCCUGCCACGGCAGCCUGGUCUUGCCAUCACCAGAAACCCCUCCUGUUCCUUAGCAGGGCCAGGCCGGACAGGUGGGGACAGGAUGCUGCUCUGAAGGCUGCCCAGCACCAAGGAAUCCUGGAAAACCACCUGGACCUUUUGUCUGCUUAUGGGGUCCCCCAUCGGCCUGGGUUGGAGUUGAGGGGAGGACCUUUGGAGAGGGGAGGGGCGGCCAGCUGGCCAAGACCUGGCUGCACCUGGGCCAGGGGCAUCAGGGACUCCCCUCCUAGCCUAGCGCACUGCACUGCAGAAGGAGGCUGGGGAGGGGUCUCCAGGCAGGGCCCAUUCCUCCCUCAGACCCACAAAGCAGGUGGACCCAGGGCACACUUGUGCCCCUCAACCUCUCUUGACAGGUGGCAUUGACAGGGCCCCCCACCA